AUGUGUGAGAAGCUAUUUGUGAUGGCGCUGCUGCUUCUGGUGUGUGUGUGGCUCCUGUGCACUCAGUCAGUGUCCAGCAGCAACCGAAGCUCGAGAGGAUAUCUAGGUGGUGUAAAACCUGGGACGUGUGAGGUGGUGGCUGCCCAUCGCUGUUGCAAUAAGAAUAAGAUUGAGGAAAGAUCUCAGACAGUCAAAUGCUCAUGCCUCACUGGGCAGGUGGCAGGGACAACCCACGCACGGCCAUCAUGUGUGGACGCAUCCGUCGUGCAUCUGAAGUGGUGGUGUCAGAUGGAGCCAUGCUUGGAGGGUGAGGAAUGUAAAGUUCUUCCUGACCUCACCGGCUGGUCCUGCAGCUCUGGGAACAAAGUCAAAACCACCAAAGUGAGCAGGCCACCAAGACCCACAAAAUAA